GUCCUCUAGUAGUGGGAGCAACCAAGAGAAGUGUGUUUAGUCUCCCCUCGUAGCUGCAGUUUUUGCUCUUUACAGCUAGCCGUUUAUCAUCAAUCAUGGCCGUCGGAGUACAAAUUUGACUCUGUCUUUCCUCCCUGUCUUCUGGAGGGGGGGAUAAUUUGUUUUGUAGGAGCACACAUUAGCCCCCCGCACUGAUUAGGAUUACUUUGGAAUUAUAAGACAUUUCACAAGGGAAAUACCAUUCAUGUCAAUACUCCAAAAUGCAGCCGCCGCCAAGGAAGGUCAAAGUGACGCAGGAACUGAAAAAUACACACACAGAACAGAUGACAAGGCUGCACUUCAAACACCAGACUGAAUGUGACCUGCUGGAAGACAUGAGGACCUACAGUCUUAAGAAGGGACAGCUGGAGAGGGACUAUGCCCAGGCUCUGCAGAAGUUAGCCAGUCAGUACCUAAAGAGAGACUGGCCUGGAAUCAACCCUGAUGACCAGAGAACCGACUACAGGAAUGUGUAUGCGGUGUGGAGGUCCUACCUAGAAGGAACGGUGCAGGUGAGCCAGUCCAGGCUCAAUGUGUGUGACAACUACAAGAGUCAGAUAUCAGACCCGGCCAAGACUGUACGACUUUACAAGGAGCAGCAACUCAAAAAGACCAUAGACCAGCUGAGUGGUAUCCAGGCAGAACUGCAGGAGUCGGUGAAGGAGCUGGCCAAGGCCAAGAAAAAAUACUACGACUGUGAGCAGGUGGCUCACGCUGUACGAGAGAAGGCUGACAUAGAGGCCAAGUCUAAGUUGGGACUGUUUCAGUCAAGAAUUAGUUUACAGAAAGCUAGCGUAAAGUUGAAAGCUAAAAGGAGUGACUGUAACUCCAAGGCGACCCAGGCCAGGAAUGACUACCUGCUCACGCUAGCUGCCGCUAAUGCUCAUCACGACCGCUACUACCAUACAGAUCUACUGCACUGCAUACAGGCCUUGGAUGGCGGGAUAUAUGAGCAUGUGAAAGACUACCUAGUAGCGUUGUGUCGCACCGAGCUGGAGGCCUCACAGGCCUCACACACCACCUUCCAGUUCCUGUUGGACAAAUCCACCAGGGUAAUACAGGAGUUCAACCAGCAGUUGUUCAUGCAGGAGAACCCGGUUUUUCACAAAGCACAUGACUUCCAGUUCCAGCCCAGUGAAUGUGACACGAGUCGUCAGCUGGAGUCUGAGACCGGGACGACGGAGGAGCACAGUCUGAACAAGGAAGCCAGGAAAUGGGCGACCAGAGUGGCAAGAGAACACAAGAACAUCAUCCACUACAAGAGAUCCCUAGAGGACUGUGAGAGCCACGGUUUGCCCCCCACAGAACAGAGUAGAGCAGAUCUGGAGCUGAAGAUAGAGGACACCAAAGAAAACAUACGCAAAGCUGAGACAAUAAAGUUAAAAGCUGAGGCUCGGUUGGACCUUCUACGACAAGUUGGGGUUGCUGUUGACACCUGGCUGAAGAGCGCCAUGAACCAGGUGAUGGAAGAGCUGGAGAAUGAACGUUGGGCCAACUACACCUCCCACGAUCCCUCACUCUCGGGAACAGUAGACUUAGAGCGUGAGGAGGGUGAAGAGUGUGAAGAGAACAUGGAGGUUUUCGACGACAGCAGCUCCAGUCCUUCUGGAACCCUCCGCAACUACCCGCUAACCUGCAAGGUCCUCUACUCAUACAAGGCCUCUCAGCCAGACGAGUUGACCAUAGAUGAACAGGAGAUGCUGGAAGUCAUUGAGGAUGGAGAUAUGGAGGACUGGGUCAAGGCUCGCAAUAAGACCGGUCAAGUGGGCUACGUCCCAGAGAAAUAUCUGCAGUUCCCAACCUCAAACAGCCUACUGAGCAUGCUCCAAUCACUGGCAGCGCUCGAUGCUCGAUCCCACACCUCUUCCAAUUCAACCGAGCCAGAGCUGCACUCGGGCUGCAUCAAUGGAGACACAAACAUGGUGUACGUCCGUGCUCUUUACGAUUACGAGGGUCAGGCAGAUGAGGAACUUUCCUUUGCUGAGGGAGCGGUGAUCCGCCUGCUCAGUCGCGACACCCAGACAGACGAUGGCUUCUGGGAGGGCGAGCUCAACGGGCGGGUGGGAGUAUUCCCCUCCGUGCUGGUAGAAGAUUUAACUGAGAAUGGAGAGAGCAGCGGAGGAGGGGCCACUGUCAUACAGAUCUCUCCGUCUCAGAAGAUGCCCUCCUCUCUGCCACCUCUUCCUCUGUACGAUCAACCUCCCAUCAGCCCCUUCACCAGCCCGGAGACCUCCACCCCCCCUCCGCUCCCCCGCUCGCCCUCCACCGCACUCAACGGCGAGCACAAGCCUCCGCUGCCCGCCUCCUCGCACAAGGGACCAACAGCCACCCACAAUCACAACUCUGGCAGGAGUCCAGUGUCUCCAGGUUUCCCUCAGGCGCCUCGAUUCACCCCUGAGGGAGGCCCUGGAAAACUACGCCCUGUGCGUGCUGCCCCACCUCCCCCCAAACAGCACCCGCGCCGGCAGCAGGAGAAGAGCGACAAGACGGAGGAGGUGGAGAUCACACUAGUGUGACAGACAAGCACGCUGGCAGGCAAUUACAGAGACAGCAAGAUGACAAGUCACACAGACAGACAUACAGACAGACAGGCAGGCAGACAGGCAGACAUACCCUACAGGCUGGGGAGAGGAACUGCUCUGAAACGAAUCGAGCUCGAACAAAGUGAACUGAACUGAAGUGAACUCAGCUCUGACAACCGCAUCAACCCUCAGCCUCUCCACAGCUUUUCUCCUCCUCGAGUGGAGGAGGAGAGGAGGGAGGAGGGAUAAAGACAGAGUGUCCGGUUAAAUAAACUCUGUAUUUGCCUCCUAAAGAAUGUGGAGUGCAGCAGUAGCCCUCCCACCCUUCACCCUUCCCUUCUUGCCUUAAAUCCUCACCUCAUCUGCCAGCCAUCUUGAGUGAAGGACUUCAGCUGGAGGACAAUGAAGACGAGGAGGAGGAGGAGGAAGAAUGUUUGGGGAAGGGAGGAGUGUGUGGGAAGAGGAGCACUACAAAGUGUUAAUGGGUUUGGCAAGGUUUUUUUUUAAUUAUUAAGCUUCCACAUAUUUUAAAUUCGCCUUAAAAUUAGUUUAUAGUAUUUUGUCUUCCGGGAAAACAGUGCAUCUUUAAUGGGGACCUCAUGUUGCUCCUGUAGGCGUAAACAAAGCUGUUGGAUUAAAAACAAAGACAGUGAACUCUGUGCCUAUUUCCUGACACAAUGUCAUCAUUGUAAUCAUCAGGCGGGAAGAUAUGUGAGGCUAUAUUAGCGGUUGGCAACAUCUAAGCACAAUACAAAUCUGAUUUUCCAAAAGCUGUAAGUGUCCAUAUAUCCUACUGAGCCAACCUAAAAAUCAUAAAGUUGUGAUUAGUAGCUACUGAAAAAAAAAUAACAAUGAAGUGGCUUCAUUGUCAAAAUGGAAAACUAUUACUGAUUUCAUAUUUGUGACAUGCACUUUCAUGUCUCAACCUUAUUCACAGCUGUUCACAACAAUAAACACUGUCUAGUGUUUGCAGUGAGCGGUGCCACUGCAGCAGAUGAGGAACAUGACAGAUGGAUCAGACUGGACUGGGACAGGUCAGGUUGAUGUUGCCAACUUCUCACAAUUAAGGCCACAGUCUUUGUUUUUAUCCACCAUCUUUGGGAAUAAAUAACAUUUGCAACCAGUAAAUUCACAUCUUUUUGUGCAAUCCUCACCCCAACACACAUCCCACCAAAUAAAACUGUAGUUCUCUCCCCAGCUCAUAUCCCAAUGAUCCCUCCCAUUUUUAUGCCCCACCCUAACAUCCUGUUCUAACAGGAAAGACAAAAAAUACAUUUUAAAAAGUAAGAUUGACAUUUUAUGGGCCCUUCAAGGCAACAUAUCUGACUUUUUUGGCAGAUAAUUGUGCUUUUCUCUUAAAAAACAAAAAGCCAAAAUUGUUUCAUUCACUUGUGAAUGAAGAACCACAAAACAAGAGAAAAGUUUGAUAAGGCAACACAGAUGAAGAAUAAAACUUGCCAAGCUUGUUAUCAUACUUUGGAGUGGAGUUGAGGGUUUUGUAAGUGGAGGGAGUGAGUGGGUGGUGUGCAGGCGCAUGGUCCCCAGCCCCCCACCCCCGCCCCAGCCCUUUCCUUGCCAUAUAUAGUCCUAUCAUCAUAUGUAUUCAAUGUGUAUUAGUACAGUACAUUACUGUUGUCAUAGGAAUGUUUCAUAUAGACUAACCCAGCUGAAUGGAAUAUCUGUUUGAUAUGUAGUAGAAGUUUUAUCCUCAUCUUAUUCUGAAAGGGCAUUGUAAAUACAACAGGGAGGGGAGGAGAGAAUGAAAGAGAGAGAGAGAGAGAGAGAGAUGUAGGUAGGGGAGGCUGGAUCCUCCCCUCCCCCUGACCUUCUGCUCCUUCUUGACCUCUCUCCACCAUCUAACAAUCUCUCUCUCUCUCUCUCUCUCUCUCUCUCUCUCACUCACUCUCCCUCUCUCUCUCUCUCUCUCUCUCUCUCUCUCUCUCUCUCUCUCUCUUCCCCUCUUCCUCUUAACGGUCUGUUCUGUCCAUUGGCAGUCUGUGUGAAUCAGUGGUUAACACAUACUAUUACACGCACACACACACACACACACACACACAUUGCUGUAUCCUCUCUGUGCUUUCUCCUUCUGCGGCCUGCUGCAUGUCUGUAUCAGAUCUGUUUUAUUUGCGCUGAUGCAGAC